AAUUCUGUCAACAUCCCAAUGCGACAAGCUAACGUGUCACGAGAAAUACCGCACGAGUAUGGCUGGUUGUAAUAUGUGCCUUAAAGGACUAGUUUAUGUUGUACUGGUUUUGCUGGCAAAUAGAGUGGAAACUAAAUCUUUCAGUGGAAAUGCAGUUGUGGACGCAAGCAAAGUUAUUGGUCCAUUGGAACACUUCUGGGAGAGCACGGGCUUCUGUCCACCAGACCCUCAUCAAGACUUUCACAAGUUCAUAUUCGCAAAUGACGAGCUCCAAAACCUGGCUUAUGUGGGUUCUGUACCGAACAAUGGUAUAAAGCAAGUGCGAAUUCACUGGCUGCUGGACCUAGUUUCCAUGAAAUUGGAAAAUGAUAAACUUGUCUAUAAUUUCACAUUUCUUGACAAAGCAAUGAAGCUGCUUAUUGAGAAUGAUUUAAGGCCUGGGUUUGAACUGAUGGGAAAUCCAUCAAAUUUCUUUUCAGAUUUCGAUGAUACUGCUCAAAUCUAUUCUUGGAGAAACCUAGUGGAAAGUUUGGGUAAACAUCUCAUCGGUAAAUACUCAGAAUUUAAGAGUGCGUUUAGAAUGAAGAAUGUAGCAUAAUCCCAUGCUUCCAAGGCCUACAAACCCAGACCGUACUCAUGACAAUUCCGUUCAUCGAAUUAUCCACUUCAAAGAAAACGAAGAAUUACAUUUUGGUAUUUUGAACAUAUUUUCUGCCAUAUCUUGCAUAUUCAAACAAAAAUGCAGAAUUAUAAUGCAAAAUAUGUAAUACUAAGCAUUGUCGAAGUUAAAAUACUCUGCAGAACGUUCAGUGUAGGAAUAUACUUGUAUUGCCCCCCCCCCCUCCACCACCGCUCCCCAUCAUAAUAGCCUUGCAAAGUGCGACAUGGGAACACAGAGAGAAAAGACCCAGAUAAUGUUAAAUCAGGAUGUUGGGCACAUAAAGCAUGACGUGAUAUGUGAGAUGAGAAGAUAAGAUGAUAGAAGAGAGUCAAACCACAAGGGUCACACAAUAGACUGUCAAUACUCACAGAAAGGUUAACUGUGUUGUAAAAUACAAUUUCUUCUGCCCAAUGCCAUUUCACUUUUCUGUUUGUCACUGUUGUACUUUUGUGUGAGCAUCUCAUUGUUACUCAUCACUUAAGCUCCCUCAUGUUGUCGUUUUUAAUAGGGUUUUACACCUUCACUGGUAAAAUCUAUUUUGUUUAUAUUGAUCUCCCAAUCUAGAGAUUAACAGCUCUGUAUGGGAAUCAGAUUUCCCUCAGCUGUAUUUCUCCCAAGUACUUAUUUAAUGUUAGACAUCAGAAGAAACAUCACCUUAUGAAUGUUUCUGAUGUGGUACCACAUGUUAUAUGAGGGAAGUUUUCAUCUUAGGAAGCAACAUCAUGUAAAAAUAAACUUGCAAUUUUUGUUGAAUUUUUAAAAUGUAUAAGUCAUAAAGAUGGUUUUUAGGAUGCAUUUCAGAACUAGGAAGUCUAACCAUUGAGAAUUUCUUCCUGGUACACCAUGGUGGCAGAGUCAAUUCUGGUUGAUUGCUGGUUAAACAAAAAUUAUUAUUACAUAUUUUGUGACUCAUGACAAAGCUUACUCUGCUCAGCCAAUAAAGAUAAUUUUUUUGCAUAUUAAGUAGUUUAUGGUUCAUCUCUUGUUCUUUUAUGGCAGAGGUCUUUGGGUUAGAGGAAAUUUGUCAGUGGAACUUUGAAUCAUGGAAUGAACCAGAGAAUAAACAGCAUUUUGAUGGUCUCCAUGUCUCCACUAAAGGAUAUCUCAUGUAUUAUGAUGCUUGUUCUGAAGGACUUAAGAUGGCCCAUCCAUCUCUACGACUAGGAGGGCCUGCCACAGGGUACCCAGACAAACAUCCUAUAUUUUGGGUAAGAAACUUGUUCAGAGGAUAUCAUUUUGUAAGUAACUAUUACAAAUAGAGGUUUGAGUGGUUUUAUUUCUACAUCUGCCCUGGUUUUAACUUUUUGUGAGGUUAACACUAUCUUUAGAUUAAAUUUGUUGUUUAGCAUACUGCCUAAUCAUAGUCUUAAGAUUUGGCUUCAAAAUGUGGAAAGGAUAACUACUAACUUUUAAUGUUUGAGUGUACUGGAUGGUUUGCAUUUGGAGAUAAGCAAUUGUAUGGUAUAUUAUGAUAAUGCACAAUUAUGAUAUAUGGCCUGCAUUUGAUAGAUAGAGUGCAAAUAAUUGACUUGUUUAUUUAAUUUGGUCUCCUUUGGUCUUUGUUUUACAGUCUCUACUGCAACACUGCAACAAUGGUACUAACUUUUUUACUGGGCAGAGAGGAGUUAGACUAGAUUUUAUUUCUUUUCACAUCAAAGGUCAAGGACACUCUUUAACGAUUUUACAUAAUGAAACAGUGGUUAUUGGGGAAAUUGCUAAACUGAUUCCAAAAUACAUAACUACACCAAUAUAUAAUGAUGAAGGAGACCCUUUGGUAGGUUGGAAUUUAGCUGAAGAAUGGAGAGCAGAUGCAACAUAUGCUGCUAUUGUUGUCAAGGUGAGAGAAAAAGAUCAUUGCCUCCUUUGUAAUGCAAUGCCACUUUUUUGUUCUAAUACAACAUUUGAGAUAUAUUACAGAGUAAGUUCAUAGCAACAUGGAAUCUAUUUGUUAAGCUGUGCAUGCUAAUUUCUAGUUUUAUAGCCACCUAUCAAAUGUCUUUUCAUUUACUCCUUAUCUCUGUUUUGAGGUUCAGGUUUUAAAGUUUUAGUGUAUGAAUAAUGGUUUUAUUUGUCCCCAGUUAAUUCCAUUUUAUGUUUGAAAAUGACACUUUCUUUUUGAAAAUAAGGUUACUUGGCACUCCUAGUUAUGAAUAAACCUUAGUUAUUUAAUUCUGCUUGGCAUUUUUUUCUUUUUGAAGGAAAGAUAAUGUAAGAUCGUGUGAUGUAAGCCAAUCCUUCGGCUUGGGUGGUAACUUAGUUGUAGACCGUAUUUAGUAAUUAGGUUAAUCAGUACAUAAACUUUAAUUGAAGAGAUUCUAUCAAUCUCACUGUGGUGUGGCAGAGUAAAUCCAAGUUCUAAGCCAAUGCAGAUGAACUCAUUUUUACAAUAUUUGUAGAUUCUGGUUCAACAUCAGGACUGGUUCUUAAAGAGUAAUUUCAGCAUCAGGUUUGUGAUUAGUGAUAGUGAAAAUCAUUCUAUCCUCAAGUUUUUUUUUUUGAUUCAGUAGUCCCUCCAGUGUUAUGCCUGACCAGAUUUAAGUGUAAAAGAACAACCUUUUCUUUUAUGAUUUCUGUUUCAUUUCUCAUUAGAUAUAACCUCCUAAGCAAUGAUAAUGGAUUUAUCAGUUAUCCUCCAGUCCACUUCCGUCAACGCACAUUACUGGCAAGAUUUCAAAUGAACCAUUCUCAUCCACGGAAGGUAGAAUUUGUUAAGAAACCAAUUUUUAAUGUUAUGGGGUUGCUAGCACUGCUAGGAAAUCAGCAAAUUAAGGUUUCUUCUUUUGGAGAAAAUGAAGACUGUGGAAUUGUGGCGAGUAUUUUGAAGCCUCAAAGACACUGUGAUACCAAUGACUGGGAACUGGCAGCUGUGCUCUACAACAGCAAUGAUACAUCUGGCAGAACUUCUGUCUCAGAAAUAAACUUAACUGUUUUGAACUUGCCAUUGAGACAAGAUGUAGCAUUUGUUGUAUAUAAACUGGAUAAUGAACAUGGAAAUCCAUUUCAAAUGUGGAAGGAGAUGGGUUCUCCGAUGUUUCCUUCUGAUGAACAAUUUCAUAUGCUCCGCCUUCAUCAGGUAACCUAGCCAGUGAUGAAAAUUGAUGUGUGAUAUCAAAUAUUCCUAAGGGAAGAGCAAUCUAAUGGGAUAGUCCCUCAACAAAACCAACUAUAUAGACACAAGUCUAUUGAGUAAAAGAGGAGGUGUUAUUUGAAUGGUGAAGGUCAUCUUUUAAGGCAGAAAUUUGGAUAGAUACUAUAGGUUUCAAUUAUCUUUGAAUACAAGAGACUCUAACAAAAACAAAUAUCCAAGAUUCCAAAGUUUUGCCCACCCAGUUAGUGGUGAAUUUUUUUUAAAAGACAUUGAGACAAAUUUCAAGAGUAAACAAUUUUGAUUUUCUUCCUUCUUUCAAAAGCAUUUCAGGAAGAGGGCAACUAAUGGCCACAUCAUUUGAGAUAAUUACUCAAAGUUGCAUGUCAUUGACACUUCUUCUUCAUCAUCUUAUCCUUAGAAAGCAAGGAGCUUGUUGUGAGAGAUGAAUUGAAAUUGAGUUUGAAACCAGCUUGAUUGCUGGACAAAAAAAAUUAAGUUUCAGUUACAAAGAAAAGAAUGAAAUAAAACCAUAGAAAAGCUGAACACUGCUCAGUGCGAGAGAGUCUUAGGAUUCAAGAUAUGGUUGGAAUGACAAAUUGAAUGCUAAUCCUAAGUGGUUGAAAUUACAAGGCUAUGAAUAUGUCUACUAAAUCUCCAAGAUUUAUUUUUCCUAGUCAGCCUGGCUGAUGAUAUUGGAGGGGGUUAAUGUUAAGGCCAGCCCUAGAUGUAGUGCAGGGACCAGUCCAUUAGAAGUUGAAUGUGACUAAAGCCCAGGUGUGGGAAGGAUAUGGUUUGGACUCCUCAGCCUAUUAUAGUUUCCUGCUGUUGGUGGAAAGGGCUUUUAAGCCUAUUAUGACACUAUGCUGAUUUGCCUGACUAGCAGUCAGGCUUAUGCCUCGUCACUGCUUAGCUAGUGGGCUGAAAUGGAAUUUAUGGAGGGUGGUUUAAUGUCAAAAGCAUCAUAUUUGGGAGGGGGGUUCUUCCAAAUGCCUGUCUCCAAAUUUUUUUUCGCUUAAAUGUUGGCAAUAUCCACCUUCAAGCCAGCCUGGCCAAUGAAAUGCAGGGAAAUUGCGUAAGCACUAAAACAUGGAACGACCUAAAACCACCUAAAACCACCUACAACCACCUACAACCUACAAAUCUUGUUAAAAAUUUCUUUAAAUCUUUUGCUAUUGAGGGAAUAUAAAUAUAAUUAGCAUGCUCUUCCAUUUCAUUUUGUGAGAUGGUUGAUUAUACAUGGAACCAGGGAGAGUAAGAUUUCAGGGGGAGGGGGAGGUUUUGUUCAAUUCUCAUAUUUCAUGUGUGUGAUGUGUUGUUGUCUUGCCUUAUUUAAGACAUUAACACCUUGUUUUAAAUGGUUUUAGAUAGUUUGCGAGUGGCUGUAGAUGUUUUGGGGUGGUUGUAGGUGGUUGUCAAAAUUUUUGAGGUGGUUGUAGGUGGUUUUAGGUGGUUUUAGGUCAUUCCAUGUUUUAGUGCUUAUAGGGAAAUUGAAGUCAAAUCUGGUGUCCAUGGCCAGACAAUGGACAUCUUUUGGUUUUUGUUAGCUUGAAGGCAGGCUCAGCUCUGGCCUAAAACAGGAAGGAGCUUAAAAUCAAGUAUACCACCUGAAAGGAACUCAUUAAGGUGUACUUAAGGGUGGGUUGCUAACAGCUGUGUGUUUAAAGCUUGAGGGUGGGGAGGGUAGGUUUUGGACCUAUUGGCCAAUGGGGUUUACUUUGUGGAUAAAAGUUAUUGUUUUUUUUAUGGGAGAGUUCUUCUCAGCCUAUUGUUUUCUUGGAUGACGAUGGUAACUGCCCCCUGCUAUUAUAAUAGUGAUCUUGCCAGUGGGCUAGAUCACUGUAGUAGGGGGAUUGUUAUUUUCCCAAGCUGGGGCUUUGGGAAGGGACUUUGAGUUAGUUCUGCCAUUGGGUAUGGGUUAGGGUUACCGGUAGGUUGAAUCCACUAAAUUGCACUCACUACAUAUUACAGUCCAUUUAUGUCAAGAUGUUACCAACUAAAUAUUUCUUGGCAUAGGCCUUAAAAGUCAUUGCUCUGAAAUCAAACUUGCAAUGAGGUUACCACAGAACUAUUAAAAAAGAAGGACACACACACACCAGGUCAGUUCCAUAAUUAAACAGUUGAGCACCUUAUUUGAACACACAUCUUGUGAUGUGCCAAUCUGUUUGUUGAAUGCAGUACUAAUUAAUUUUUAUGUACAGGAACCCAUUAGAAGUCUUGGUCCAAGCAUAGUCUCUUCCAGUACAUUGAACCUCCAUCUAACCCUUCCUCUUCCAGGAGUAAGUUUGUUACAUGUUUGUGCAAAGACAGUCUCAGCCCCUCCAAAGGUGAGAUAUACCACUGGGAAUAAUAUCAAAGUACUUCCAGUUUAAUUGGAGCUGAUUAAACGAAACCAAGCAAUGAGAAAGAUUGAUGAUCUAGCCAAUCUAAGCCAUACAAAACAUGACUUUUAAGAUCGAAAUCUUUGAAAUGUUCUUAAAAUAUAACCUUUAAAGGGGUACUGGUGGUGUUUAUUCAAAAAUUUUUUUUCCUAAAUAACUUCUUUUAUUAUGGUCAAAUUUCCUUGCCUUCUGUGACACUCCACAUUCUAACUUACCAUAAAACUGUUGUAGAAUGGAAAAUAUGUGGUGGAGCCUACUAAUAUUACAUUUUAUUAACUAAAAAAAAUGCUUCUUAUGUGUUGAGUCAUUAAUUAGUAAUCUAUUUAAUCAGAUAAAUAACAGAUUUCAGAGUUUUUCAAAGGCAAGGUCACAAUUCAUAACAAAGAGGGGGUCAAUGAUACACAUAUGUAUGCACAACUGAGCUAAAUGGUCAGAAUAUUCUUCAAGCCAAAUUUUUGUCAACAGGCUGAAGCUAUUAACACUUUUGCUUCAAAGUCUGGCCAGUUCUUAUUAAGGUUCAGUUUGCAUUCUUGUCUCAUUAUAGUUUUUAGGCAAGUUUUCAUACUGUAUAUUAAUGAAAGCAGACCAAACUAAGAAGCAAAAAUGUUAAUUAAAGCUGCACCCUUUCAAUGGAUAUGAUAAUAUGACAUAAUUGUCUUCAGUAUACUUCAGGGUUUGACCUUACUAUCAAAUUAUAAUAAUAAUUUGAGUGUUUUCAGCUUGAUUGUUUGAGAGGCCGGGGUUUAGGUACGUGUAGGGGGUAUCUGGACCACUUUCUAUUUGUAUUAUAUCCAAAAAUUUUUGAGGAUGAGUUUUUUUGACAUUUAAGUUGCAAAUAACACCUUGUGUCAUGCAUGUGGGAAUGUACCCUGUCCAUCCUAUUAAGGGCAUUGUCCCUGCAUUAUUGAGUGGAGGCAGAGCGACAACUUCUAAAGAUGCAUGUGUGGUGUGUAAACACCAAGGGUGCUUGCUCUUAGGACUACACAGCCUGAAGCAAUUGCACUAGCCUUCAAAGUGGUAAAUACUCCUGACCAUUAAACUAUGCAUCCAUGAAGUCCUCAUUUCCACAACCAUGUUUGCAAAUCAGGUUCUUAUUGGACCUGACCUACACAGAACUCUGUCUUGUUUGUUCAGCUUCAUAGAUUCAGCUUGACAUUCCAUCACUUAAUGAUGUGUGAUUAGUUCAUUAUCUACAAUCAGCAGUUGUAUAUAAAUAAUAGCUUCUAUUUGGGGAUAAAAUAUGCAUGGAUAUUUGUCCAUGGACAUUAUCUGCUCUAAGAUGUGAACAGUUUCCUGAGAAUGAAACCCAAGGAAAACUGUGGACUUCGGGGAGCAGAUAAUCCAGUGAUGAUUAAAUGAGCAUAUUUUUGCACAAAGUAGAGGCUAUUCUGUUUAUUAUCCUUCAAAUUUUUUGCAACGUGCAAAAAAAAAGUUUAUGAACAGCUUACUGUUUGCUGGUAGGGUGUUUUCUUUAGCCUAUUCUCUAGUGCGACUUUGUGAACAAAAUUAUAUUUCCCUUCUGUAACAACCAUAAAAUGCUCUCUCUUCUAGAAUUAAAUUUCAAACAAAGACUUAUGGUAGCAGACAUAAGGUUUGAAAUUGGGGGAUAUCACUUGGGUGAUAUCGUUGAAUAUCUCCCAGUUUUAGCUAGGGGAUAUUCUGUCACAUGAUGCAUUUAGACCAAUUGUGCAGGAGCAAGAAUAUUUAAUGGAUCAUAAUUAACCAUAGUUAGUGGGACUCUGUUAGCAUAUUGUGCUUUUCUUUGUUUUUCACGACAGGUUGAAGGAGUGAGACUCAUUUCUGUUUCUCCAUAUGAGGUUCUUGUGGUCUGGAAGGAUGUACCAUCAAGGUGAAUAACAAUCCUUGCUGUGCUACAAUCUGUGACAAAAUAGUUCACACAAAUUCUGCAAUAGUAUGACAUUUUUGUUCCUGAUACCCUUAAUUUUAUCCCUCUCUUCUUUUGUCCAGUGUUGCACUAUGUUUUCUGUGGUUUUUCAAAAAUGGGGGAAAUAGAUAUUGAUACAAUUGAAAGCUCAUUUGAAAUAUUCCCAUCUUUAUACUUCUAUUAAAGUGGCCAAUUCUUAUAUAGAUUGUUUCUGUUAUGUGUAUCAAAGUUCUUUUCCAAGUGAAAUUUAGUUUUGUCAGGCACUAAUUGAAGACAAAAUUUUUCAAGUACAUAGAAGUAAGGCUUCACUUGUCCAUUUGUGAUCUCUGACAGUGGUUAAAAUGGACCAUAGUCACUCAUCCUAAUUAUUUACUGCAUCCUAAAUGGUUGUAGAUGCAUCACUACCUUUGAAGUCCUGUACUCAGAAAAAAGUCCUGGUGGACCUUUUAAACGAGUUAAUGAAAUUGAUGUUAUCUUCACAAGCUUUCAUCAUAUGAUGUCUCAAGGUAAUAAGACCUAGAUAUAAAUUAUGCCUACAUUUUAGUAGUUAUUUUAAACUAGCAUUGAAAGGAACGUUUGAUCAUGUGAAUCUGCAUAGCAAGUCUCUCUGAAUUUGGUCAUAAAUCAUCUGCACUAUGCUGUUACACAGAGUAAAAACUAAAGUUAUAAUCAAGGAGUACUACGAAUACAGGACAUUUCGCAUAAAAGACUUUUCGCACAAGUCUUUCAGCACAAGUUUUGGAACGUUCGCACAAUUCUUAGUGGUCAUUUUGCACAACAAUUAUAAGUGAGAAACAUCAAUAUAAAAGGUAUAGUAAUUGAUACUGAUAAGACAUCUCACCAUCACAUGUCACUUUCAAUAAGAUCCAACGGCGAGAACGUAGACAUUGAAGAAAGGAACAAAUCUUUCUCUCUAUGAAAAUGUAAAGAACUCCCUAUUCGAAAGAUUACUUCUUUUGCUUUUCCUUUGUUAAACGAAAAACCUUUUAGUUUUGACAGUACAUCAUCCACUACAAACAAACGAACAUGACGACCUAACGCUAAGGACGCCAUGUUGAUUUCGAAAGUAAUAGUCACCAAUCCUCCCUCCUCUGAAGUCAAAGUAAAAACCUGCAAACUGUUUUUUUUAGAUGCGAGGAUCUCUCAAUUUCAUCUUUCCACCGCAGUGCAAAUAUGUGAAUUUUCAUAUAUCUAAAAUCUUCAUUCACUUGGAUGUUUAUUUUGACCCAAUUCGUUGAUCAGCUCCCAGUUGGCUUGUUAGCUCAAUUGGUAGAGCGCUGCAUCGGUAUCGCAGAGGUCAUGGGUUCAAAUCCCGUACGAGCCUGAAAAUUUUUUUCAGGUCCUAUUAACAACUACUCGUUUCAGUAGUGUUUCUUAGCUGCGAGGAUCUCUCAAUUUCAUGUUUCACUUUUAUUUAAAAGGAGAAAAGACCUAUUUGCAAAAUUUCUGUGUAAAUAUAUAAAAUUCAAGUUCACGGCCAUGUUACCCGACGAAUCGGAUGUCGGUCGUUUCGCAUACAAGUCGAUUCGCACACAUCGAGGUCGUUUCGCCGACACGAUCUUGGUCGAUUCGCAUACAUCGAAGUCGUUUCGCAUACAGUUCGAAUCAACGACAUUAAAGUCGAUUCGCAUACACAAUUUGAGUCGAUUCGCAUACAAAAAGGUCGAUUCGCCUACCCAAUCUAAGUUCGAAGUUAUUUUGUGUAGCGAACAUUACUCAAGGUGGCUUACUACGCGCGCCAGGACUUUCUUUCUGAAUAUUGCUCGCAUUGAUAAAAAAUGAACUCUUAAAAAACUCUUAAAAAGCGAAAACAAGUUUCAGCAAGCCUAAUCCACUUUAAACUAAUUUCAGAACACCAAAGAAAACUUCCAAAUACCUUCUGGUCAUACGAGUUGGUCUGGCCGAAAAUAAUAUUGAAACUGCUAGUGCCCAGUCUCCGCUUGUUUAUUUUUAUUUUGGCAUUCAUGCACUGUAUAGCAAACAGUAAUUAGAGAAAUAGAAAACAUUUUUGAGCAUGUAACUAAAACUUUAGAAAUUGGAGCUACGUCAUAGUUCGUAUAUCUUGAAAAAAUUAGCUUAACUUUUCAAAAUCGUCAUUUCUUCAUCCUCAGUCAUCUUUGUUCCUUUUUGUUUUAGAAUCACCCUAGUGGUGUUAUCUUCUUUAACCAACCAUUAUUAUUUCCCAACACUUAAACCAUAAUUAAGGUCAUCCAAGAAAUAUCGUGAAGUAGCUCCUUUAAGGUUAAAAGGGAAAUCACGCAACAACAGUUUUAUAGUAUAAACAAAAGUAUAUAAUUCCUUCCAAAUUAGCGAGAUACAAAGCAGGACAUGUGCGUGACUCUGGUAGUCACGCGUCCUAUAAAUAGUUGUAUUGAAAAUAAUGUGUGUCUCAGAUUAAGGAAUAUAAGGGAGAAAGUCUGUAUGUCAAUAUUGUGUGUGCAUGACAGUGUGUAUGUUAGGGAACUAUUUACAACUUGCAAAGUUUACCUAGCUAUCGAGAAAUUACAUGUUAAUUUAGCGCUGAGUGUAUUGUCUGGACGGUCCAUUAAGACGGGCGCAUUCCCUUAAAAGCUGCUGUGCGUUUUUUCUUUGGUGACUAAAAUCGUCCCAGAGAGCGAAAACUUUGGCUUGGAGAGAACGAUACUUUGCCCUUUGGAUCCUUUUAAGUUUUUUCUCGGAAACUAGACGAAUGCGUAAUGCUGUAAGGCGGGCCUCUUGAUGGAGGAGGUCAAGCAGCAUGUAGAAUAGCAUAUACCACUUUCCUGAGGCACGGCGGUGAAGCCCAUGAUGCCACCCUUCUAUGUCAUUGUUACUUCUGAUGGCCAUCAUGUAGACGCUCCAUGAAGACAGGGGCCAGGUUUGGUUGUGGAUCCACGUUUGGGACACGUACUCUACAAAUUGCCUUAGUCGGUCUGUUGCUGCCUGAGCUUUCAGAUGUUCGAACAUCGGCUCGAUUUCAUCCUCGGGAAGGAAUGCCAGCGCCAUGAUUUGUCUAUGGUAUUGGUACGUGCCACGGUCGUUAUUAUAUUGCUUCUGGAGUCCGAGCUCUCGAAUCUGGAAAAAGGAGAAAGUUAUUAGUAUAUACACUAUUUUUUUAUAAGAAUAUACUUUAUAAGAAUAUCGAGGCUGAAAUUGGCGAUAAGUCUUAGAUGGGAUUGAAAUUUCAAUAAGAAUUAUAUAUUUAUCCCUUUAAAUGUAUAUGUAUAACAUAUAUAAAAAGUUGAAAUUAUGGAACGUACACGACACCAGAACACGACACCAGAAUAUAUAAACGCGAUCUAGUAUAACCUAAUGAAAUAUCGUAGACGUUGGAGUAAUGCUUCGUUAAUUUCAAAAUUGCGGGCAACUAAAAUGAAGUAACUUAGAUAUUUGAAUUCUGUCAAUAAGUUCCGCAUUUAUUUUAGAUUGUUUACUUAAAUUUACGGUUUGAAUCCUCCCUUCAGGUUUAGCUGCAAUCAAAAAACAGUUAUUCAACGGUUUCAACUACCUUCCUCUGUACUCUUGCGCGUGCCACUAAUAAACUUAUAUUGUUAAGGAUUACAAGUCAACUGCUUAUUGCAAAGAAUUGAACGGCGUCUUGACGUGUGUUAACGAAUUUUCCGUACGCGGUGCAAAGAGUUGUCCUUUCCCUUAAAAAUGCAAGCUUUUGGAUUAUUUAUACAUGUAACUUCCAAUGUUGUUUGUUUUUUUCCUUUGUUUGCAUGAUUUUAGUUAUUGUUUGUAAAGACAAAGAAAAAAAAUCACUUACCUUGCGCGGGCCACUUAUGAACAUCUAUUGCUAAGGAUGGUUAAAAGUUUAAAAGCUUUUAAGCUGAAAUUCAUCAAUGUCGCGGAUUUCUUAAAAAAAAAUACCCAAACAAUUUCUCGUACUCAGUUCGUGUCGCUCGGAAUGCAAAAUCACCUGCGUCUUGUGCUCGGUUUUGAAUCUCAGAUUAAAGAAAUUAUACUCUUUUUUUAAUAAGAACCUUUCUUAUAAGAAGGUCAAGGUUGAGGUUAACCAAAAUUUUAAGAACGAAGUAAGAACAAUCAGUCGAUUAAAUAGUUUUUAUUUUGUUCAAUUCUUACUUAUAAGAGUUACAAAUAACUUCAACACUCGACAACACCAUCGAAGUCAUCUCAAGUCUGAUGUAUCAUCAAGGCAGCUGACCAGUUAUGGCAAGGAAAAUUUAUUAACACCUGAAAGAACGUUUGCAGUAACAAACCGCAAAAAGCAUAUAAACAACAUGACAAAAUUCUUCUAGAUAUGGUGCAUUACAAAUUAAACUUGAACUUAGUCUACGCGCUGUCAACGCGUUCGCUGUGCCAAACAAAAAUAACGCAGGACGCAAUAACAACACGUGCAUAUCGCAGGGUUGAGGUUAAGUUUUUAGCUAUCCUGUUAGAUGUGGGAUAUUGAUCAAAUGAAGCCUUUAAGUGCUACUGUGGUUCUUUCUUUAUUCACUCGGAGCUUUCGCCGUUCUACGGCAUCAUCAGGGAUGAUGUUAGAGUUUUCUUUUUUUUUUUUUUUCAAUGUAUGCGAAACGACUUCGAUGUAUGCGAAUCGACCAAGAUCGUGUCGGCGAAACGACCUCGAUGUAUGCGAAUCGACUUGUAUGCGAAACGACCGGCUUCCGACGAAUCAUGCAAAUUUUAACUCGCUACUCGGUCAAGACUCACAGAAAUUUAGCCCUUUCCUGCAUUCAUUUAAGCUAUAGUACUUCUAAAUUUCUUUAUUUGUUUUGAUCUUAAGCUUGUAUGAUUACUUAUCGAACGGCUAGCGUAUAAUCUUUGAAUUAUUUUGAAUUCUUGAAACUUUCGUGAAAUCAUUUGUUUACAUCACGGUCGCUAUGACGCUUAUCGAUCGAUACUGAACUCUCCAUCGCUUAGGUAAUUGUUAUUAGAAUAAUUUGAAAGGUUACAACUUGAUAGAUGUAUUAAACUUCUCGAUCUUUAAAAUGAUUACAGAUCGAACUUGUCUUUCUACAAGAUCACUAUUUACUACCUACACUUACACGUUCAAGUUGUCAAAUCACAACACUUGCACGUGCCGACAUUCGAUGUGAAUCACUCUCUGAAUAUCGAGUUAUCAACGUUGAACUGUUUUUGCUGUACGUAUUACCAGUAUGCCUAAUUUUCAUUGUACAACGAAGAUAUGAUAAGCAAGUUUUCAAUAGCUUUAUUUGAAACUCUUACAGAUCGAUAAAACAUACUAUUUGAAGGCGAUCGAACAAAGAGGGAAGACUGGUGACAAUUACUUUCGAAAUCAACACGGUGUCCUUAGCGUGGGUCUUCAUGUUUGCAUGUUAACUUUAUAGUGGAUGAUACUGUCAAAACUAAAAGGUUUUUCGUUCGACAAAGAAAACGUUAUAGAAGUAGUCGUUCGAAUAGGGAGUUCUUUCCAUUUUCAUGGAAAGAGAGACUUGUACCUUUCCUUCCUUCAAGAAAGAAUAGUAAUCGUGUUCACGAGCAUUUUGAUCUAGUUGAAGUUAUUACGUAAAUAAAUGUCUACGUUCUUGCCGUUGGAUCAUGUGAAGGUGAAAUGACUUAUCAGUAUCAAUCAGUAUACCUUUUAUAUUGAUGUUUCUCACUUAUGAUUAUUGUGCGAAAUGACCACUAAGAAUUGUGCGAACGGUCCAAAACUUGUGCUAAAAGACUUGUGCGAAAAGUCUUUUGUGCGAAAUGACCGGUUACCAGUACUACUUGUAGCUGUAAUAUAGUUUGAGUUCUCAUGUUAAUUUUUGUUUUGACCAACUGUUAUGAUUGUGCCUGUUCUGCCUUUCUGAUACUGAACUUUGAAACUGAUUUUGAAAAAGCACCAUCAACAAGUGGAAAAUUACAGAAGGCAUGACAGUAGUGAUUCUUAAUUGAUUUCUGUAUCUAAAGGAUAAUCAUUUCUGAUCAACACUGCCUUAUCGUACAUGAUUGGAGACUGUUUAAGUUAUCCACUAUCAGAUUAAAAAAACUUGUUCCACACAAUUAUCACAAGGCAGCUAUUACUGUGGACUACAGCAUUGUGUGAGAUGUUGAAUAACAUCGAAUAAAUUUGAAUAAAUUGUUGGUUUUGCAGGAGACAGAAAUAAUGUAGAAGGCUGGUAUUGCAUCGUGGCUGUGGAUUACUGGGGAAGAUACAGCCCUGGUUCAGUGCCAAUCAAACAUAACAAGACAAAAUAAUGAUGUCAUAUUAACCAUUUGAAAGUAAAUGAAUUUUGUGACUCAAAAAAAUUGAAAUCUUUUUUUUCAAAUAUCUACCUUAAUAUCUGGCACAGUGAAACUUUGUAUUAUCUUGUACAUUAGUUUCAUGUUUAGUGUAUGACUUAAUUUGUACAAGC